AUGUUGAUAUCAAAACUAUACAAUGAAGUUUGUAAUAUUGCUUCUAAUAUCUAUAUGGAAAAUGAAAACACGGGAAUAGAAUUUUCAUGUUUGUUGGAAUUGGAAGCUACGGACGAUUCUCAUAAACUUUCUAAAAAGAUA